AUGAUUAUCUAUAAAAUAGAAAAACUAGUUGUGUUCAUGAUCAUAUACUUAUUAUGGUUGCGGUGGAGUAAGCAUGCUAAUGCACAAGUUGAUCAUUUGAAGCCUGGUGAUACUUUGAAUAUCUCAUCCCCUUUAUAUUCUAAACAAGGCAAGUAUCUUCUUACUUUUACUUAUGUUCUUGGUUCCUACGAGAACACACAAUUGUGUAUACUUUCUAGCGCUAAUGUACAAAAUAAUCUAGUGUGGCUGUAUGAUAGAAAUCAUCCAAUAUAUUCAGAUUCAUCAGUUCUAUCACUAAGCCACUCUGGAGUGCUCAAAAUUGAAUCAAAAAUUGGGAAACCAAUGAUCAUUUACUCUUCACCACAACCAAUUAACAACACUGUGGCUACUAUGUUAGACACAGGUAACUUUGUACUUGAACAACUUCACCCAAAUGGAACAAAGACUUUGUUGUGGCAGACUUUUGAUUAUCCCAUAAACACUUUGAUUCCAAAUAUGAAAUUAGGCAUUAACCGAAAAACAGGACAUAAUUGGUCACUAGUUUCUCCGAUAACUCGUUCAGUAUGGGCUUCGGGUGAAUUUAGUCUUGUAUGGGAACCAAUAGAAGGUGAAUUGAACAUUAAAAAACGCGGCAAAGUGUAUUGGAAAAGCGGAAAGCUUAGAAGUGAUGGAUUGUUUGAGAACAUUCCGACAAAUGUUCAACAAAUGUAUCGAUACAUUAUUGUCUCUAAUACGGACGAAGACUCUUUUGCUUUCGAAACUAAAGAUAGGAAUUAUACCAGGUUUCCAGAAUGGGUACUAUUUCCGGCGGGAAGGUUAAUUAAUAAUGUAGGAGAUAUUGGAAAUGCAGAUAUGUGCUACGGAUAUAAUAGUGAUGGGGGAUGCCAAAAGUGGGAGAAUAUACCAACUUGUAGGGAACCUGGCUAUGUGUUUGAAAAGAAGAGUGCUAUUGCAAGUUUAAACAAUGCAACCUAUGAGGAUAGUGCACUUUAUGUUUAUAAUGACUGCAAGGAAAGUUGUUGGAGAAACUGUAAUUGCACUGCAUUCACAAAAUAUUAUAAUAAUGGGACUGGAUGUAUAUUCUAUUCAGGGAAUUUCACCAAAGAUCUUGGUUUUGGCAGUGAAAUUAACUUUCAUGCCUUGGUAAAGCCAACAAAGGUAGCACACCAUGUCAAUGCAGGUAAAAAAAAGUGGAUAUGGAUAAGUGCAAUAACAGCAGCUAUCUUAUUCAUAAUAUGCCCAUUCAUUUUAUGCCUAGGAAUAAAGAGAAAAAAGUAUGAGUCUAAAGAGAAGAAAACUAAAAUGCAAGAUUUGGUAGCAUCUAAUGAAUCGUAUAGUAUCAAAGAUCUUGAAGAUGACUUUAAGGGACAUGAUAUAAACAUUUUUAACUAUGCAUCAAUUUCUGAAGCAACCAUGGACUUUUCUUCUGAAAACAAGUUAGGACAAGGAGGCUAUGGACCUGUUUAUAAGGGAAUCUUACCAACAGGACAAGAAAUUGCUGUAAAAAGACUUUCAAAAAAUUCGGGACAAGGAAUUGUGGAAUUCAAAAAUGAAUUGGUACUGAUUAGUGAGCUUCAGCAUACAAAUCUUGUACAACUUAUUGGUUGUUGCAUUCAUGAAGAAGAAAGGAUUCUAAUUUAUGAAUAUAUGCCAAACAAAAGCUUGGAUUUCUAUCUAUUUGAUUCAACAAAAAGGAAGUUACUAGAUUGGAAGAAACGCUUGAACAUUAUAGAAGUGGAUACAUGUCUCCAGAAUAUGCAAUGGAAGGAAUUUGUUCAACCAAGUCGGAUAUUUAUAGCUUUGGAGUGUUGCUACUUGAAAUUGUUUGCGGAAGGAAAAAUAAUAGUUUCUAUGAUAUUGAUUCGCCCACUAAAUCUAGUAGGACAUGCAUGGGAGCUAUGGAAUGAUGGUGAUUACCUAGAGUUAAUAGAUCCAUUAUUGAAUGACUCAUUUGUCGGUGAUGAAGUGAAAAGGUGCAUUCAUGUUGGUCUGUUAUGUGUAGAACAAAAUGCAAAUGAUAGACCUACAAUGUCUGAUGUUAUAUCUAUGUUAACAAACAAAUAUGAACUUGUUACCUUACCAAGAAAACCAGCAUUUUACGUUAGAAGAGACAGCUUUGAGGGGGAAACAACUUCAAAAGUGACAAACACUGACACCUAUUCCAUGACCGCAAUCUCUUCCCUGUCUGUAGUGGAAGAAAAAAUAUGA